AUGGGAAACAAACAAAAGUCUUUUAAACAAAAUGUAACUGUAAUGUAAGUGUAGCCUCCCCGACAAUUUUGUUUACGUUAUUAUUAAACACACUUAAGAUAAUUUUGUAUGUUCCAAAAAAUAUUGUAUUGAGCGAAAUCUAAUCAAUAAGCCACUAUAACUUCUUGCAUAAUUGAAGAUUGGCCUCAUCAAGUGAGUUUAAUAAAUUAUAAUAAAAUAAUAGCCUAUAAAAAAAUUACUUUUUUAACCUGAGGCAAGAAAAAAAACAACAUAACUGUUAUCAUCUGAUAAUUUAAUGACAUGGCAUAUCCACUGACAUCUUAGUCAAAAUGUUUAUUACAACCCUAGAGGCCCACCGUGAACCACUAGACUAAUUAAAAAAACAACAACAAACAAACAAAUAAACAAACAAACUAAUGAACAUGAUAUCCCCUUAACUGAAAAUUUAAAAGAUCUUCUGUUUUUUUUUAAAAACUCGGAUACAAAAAUAGGCAGGUCAAAAAAUUUCAAGCUGGAAAUUAAAUGACGAAAUGACAAUAGUUAUUAUUAAAUAUUGAUUUAGUAUACUAUUAUGAGUGCCGUAAUAUAACAAGGAGUUUCAUUCGAUUAUUUUUGUAUAAACAAGCCAUAACAUAAAAAUACAAUAACACUAUAAUAUUGGAAUUUACAACAAAGGCUAAGGAAAAACAUUUCACUGGCGAUUAAAAACAAUAAAGUGUUUGAAGGCAGGAAAUGAUCCGAUUCAUUUAGAAUUGAGUGGUAGAUAAUUCCAAAAAUUGAUUUGCCGACUUUCCUAAAAGUAUUUGCAGACAUUCCAAAAAUGAUUGCCGAAUAAGAUAAACAGUGUGUGCUGUUGUAACCGAACUAUAUUUAUAGUCUACUGUCCCCCACCUCCUUUUGCAACGUAGAUUCAUUGCACCAAAUAUUUAUUAAAAAACAAAUAAAUAUAUCAAAACGCUCACUUCUUAUAUUGCUUAGUUAAAUCUGCUCUCGUCUUCACACUUAUUUUUUUUUCAAUUCAUGAGAUAGAAGAAUCCUACGCAACCUCACACAAUGGCAGCCUUCACCCUUUUCCGUUAUAUCAAUACAUUAGUGUGUCUCAACUGAUUAUUAUCUCAAAUCAAAUCAACAUUUUCAAAGCCAUACUGCUAUGAUUAACUAUUUUUCUUAGUUUCUUCUUUUUGCCUCGUCAGCUGGAGGCUGCAUCUAGCCGAACAUUCCUUUCAUUUGUCCUGAAUUUUAAAAAAAAGUAAAAUAAGUAAGCCUCAAUGUAGGCCUACCUUGUCCCAAUAUUUUCUUUCUUCAUUGAUUCAGACACACUGUUCAUCGAGGUCUAACGUAAAGUGUCUCACACUGAAUACCUCUGGGUAAAAUGCGAUCAGCUUUGGUAAAAUGACAACAACAAAAACAAAACAAAAAAGAAAUAAAAGGCACAAGAUAAGGGAAAACCUGAAGAAAAAAAAAAGUUAAAAAAUAUUAACAAAGGACGUGUCGGCAAAAAGCCUUCUUCGGCAAAGAAACCACAAGUUAAAAAAAAAAUAUUAAAAUAUCCCAUCCCAAUACGAUUUAAUAAAAAAUCUGUGAAAUAUUGUUUUACACUAAUGAACAUUACUUUAGAUUUUGCAGGAUUAACUCAUUCAUGACAUCUUUAUUUAAACUAGGAUUUUCGGACAGAGAGAGGGAGUCGUAUUUCAUGCUGCUUGACCACAUGCCCACCUACACACCGCAGCCUUUCGUUGGGUUCUACCACGCCCUUGACCUGUCUUAUGUGUUCGACCUCGAUCCCAGCGAUAUCCUUAAGAGAUACUACAGACUAGACGCGGCUCGGGGCUACACCGAGGAGGAGAUGGAGAUGCGCAGAGUGUAUCAGUCGAUUGUCGUUGACUUCAUGACCACAGGGUAAGGCUGACACUUGUAGAAUAAGACAGAUGACCCCAGGGUAAGACUGAACGUGUAGGAUUAGAAGAUGACCACCGAGUGUGACAGACAUUUGUACACAUGGUUAGAAGAUCCCAAUAACAAAACUAUGAUUUACAUGGAAUACUUAACAAGUUUUAUCGCCCCCCCCCCCCGAGCUUUCGUUCUGGCUUGAAAGUAUUGUACAGAAUGGCUAUCCGGCCUGUGCUAGGUCAUUUUUUCCCUUUAUCCGGCCCGCCGUGAAAUUAUUUGGAGACCCCUGCACUAUGCAAACCGUCUUGUACACAUGUACACAUAUUUCACCUGGUGACACGGUGAUCGAGUUAACACUAUCUGCUGAGUGUCUAAUAAGUCAAUUUUGUUGACUCAUUUUCUGCAGAAAAAUUAAACAAGCCUUAAAACAAAGUUGUUUGUAAAAAAUCCUUUAUAAAAUUUAAUAUCGAGCACUUGAGAGGGGGGGAAGGGCUGAGAACAAUAGCUCGGUGCCUUACAGUUAAUUUAAUAUUUCAGUAAAAAGGGGGGGGGGCGCGGCUGAAAAUUUGACAAAACGUGUAACGCACUUUAUAAGAAUCCCUAUUAGUGCCCCCCUCCCCAAGGCUGGCAACCACAUUUUUUUCCCACGCCCCUAAACUAUAUAAAAAUGUAAUGAAUCUUGAACUUGCUGGACUAAUGUCAUCUUUCCAACUGACUAUUUCCCAGGGCACCAUUCAACACUCCACAUAUGCGCUCCAAGGGCUGAUACAUGUCUCUUGGCUAAAAGUAAAAUAUUAAGGGGAUUUAUUGCCGUAGGGCAUUUAAUGUUAAAUCUCCUAUCUUCAUUUUUGAAAAUUUCGUCUUCUUUUUGGCUUCCCAGCAAUCCAGGACUAGGCUUGAACCGCAACAUGACCUCGGCAUGGCGGCCGUUCGAUCCGGACAAUGAAUAUUUCCUCAGCUUAACCCACAGGCCUUCGGUGCAGCAGUUUCCUUUGGAGGAUAGGAGGGCGUUCUGGACGAAGACGUUCCCCGAAGUCGUUGAGGCGUUCAGGGUGCAAGACUUGUUGAAAGACGAACUGUAGCGGUGCAGGCCACGUACUCGCAACACAUACACACAUAAAUUCAUUAAUGCGUGCAUUAAUUCUGGUUUUAAAAAAAACAAAAACUAAUCGUAGUGAUACGCUAACCCACUCGCAUGACUU